UUGUUAAAUGCCAUUAACGGUCUUCCAGUUAGUGACGAUGAAGUUACUGAUUAUAUUGAUAACAGUAUAGACGACAGUGAUGUUAUAGAUCUCAGUAAUUUACAACCGCAGGCGUUUGGUACUCCAAAAAAUGAAAGCGGUGAAGCUCUCGCAGCAUGGACGGAAUCUUCUCUCAUGAACCCUGAAGAAACUGGAGAGUAUGCAGAAGGUGACAUACUUAUUCCUAAGUACACCAGGAACGGCGUGCGGGACCAUGCGUCGCGGUGGCCAAGAGGAAUAAUCCCUUACGUCAUUGAAGGACGAUACAAUCAACAACAACGUGACACGAUAAUGAAGGCGAUAGCUGACUACCACAGACUAACCUGUCUUCGCUUCGUCCCCUACAGUGGUCAGACUGAUUACAUUGUUAUAAAGAGCGCGAACACUGGCUGUUGGUCCAGUGUCGGCCGACUUGGUGGUCGUCAAGAAGUGAACCUGCAGUCCCCAGGCUGUGUGUCUAAGAUAGGGACAGUCCUGCAUGAAUUGUUACACGCAGUUGGAUUUAUGCACGAACAGAGUCGCCCAGAGCGAGACGACUUUGUCACAGUCAACUAUAAUAACAUCAAAAGUGGUUCCGAAAUUAAUUUUAGAAAAGAGGAUCCCAAACGCGAAAAUGACUUUGGCAUACCGUACGACUACAACAGUGUAAUGCAUUAUUCUGAAUACGCUUUUUCUAAAAAUUCUAAAAAAACCAUUGAACCUAAGGUCGGCGGAGUGAAACUCGGGCAGCGAGAAGGAUUGAGCCGUAGUGACGUGAAAAAAAUUAACAACAUGUACAACUGUAAAAAGGAAGAACCGCAAACCGGAUGGGUCGGGUCAAUAUGGCAAAGCUUAUUUGGAGAUAAAACCAAACACAAUUAAAAUUUUCAACG